GUCUUUGUCAGGUGCUGUUUUGGGUUAUAUCCGCUACUCGCUUGGUGUCCUCUCAGUACGCACCGUUGAGCUUGAGCAGCAGAGGCCUCUCUUUCUCUACCCACUAUUCCUCCGUAUUGCCAAAGAAACCGACCUUGAAAAAAAUCAUGGCUUCAUUUCUGAGCGGUGAUUGUUAUUUCUGUUGCUGAAGUCACUAUUACUCUUUACUCCCCAUUGAAGGACCUUUGGUGAGUGCUCUCUGAUCAUCAAAUCCAGAAUUGUUCAAUGGCAAAUGACACUUCUGGUGCUGAUUCCCAUCAUAAACGUCUUGGCCUUUUGAAAGAUCAAGUUCACUUGGUUAAAAGGAAAGAUUCUGAUCGCUAUGAGGUUGCAUCAAUCCAAGAUCAAUUAUCAUUUGAAAAGGGAUUUUUCAUAGUAAUUCGUGCAUGCCAAAUGUUAGCGCAAAAGAAUGAUGGAAUAAUAUUGGUGGGGGUGGCAGGUCCUUCAGGGGCUGGGAAGACUGUGUUUACUGAAAAGAUACUUGGCUUCAUGCCCAGCAUUACAGUCAUUUCGAUGGACAAUUACAAUGAUUCUAGUCGAAUUGUUGAUGGAAACUUUGAUGAUCCUCGGUUAACAGAUUAUGACACAUUGCUCCAAAACCUACAAGAUCUAAAGGAUGGAAAGCCAGUUCAGGUUCCCAUAUAUGAUUUCAAGUCCAGCUCACGUACAGGAUACAGGACAGUAGAACCGCCAAACUCCAGAAUUGUAAUUAUAGAGGGCAUCUAUGCCUUGAGUGAGAAGCUGCGACCUCUACUAGACCUUCGAGUAUCUGUUACAGGUGGAGUUCACCUUGACCUUGUAAAGCGAGUUAUACGUGACAUACAACGGGCUGGUCAAGAACCUGAAGAAAUCAUUCAUCAAAUAUCUGAGACGGUAUAUCCAAUGUACAAGGCAUUUAUUGAGCCAGAUCUCCAGACAGCACAUAUAAAAAUCAUCAACAAAUUCAACCCAUUUACUGGAUUCCAGAGUCCUACUUAUAUAUUGAAGUCAGCAAGGAAGGUAGAUCCGGAUCAAAUUAAGGCUGUUCUAUCUGAAGAUUUUAAUGAAACCACAGAGCAGACUUAUGACAUAUAUCUUUUACCACCUGGUGAAGAUCCAGAAACUUGCCAAUCAUAUUUAAGGAUGCGAAAUAAGGAGGGGAAAUACAGUCUCAUGUUUGAGGAGUGGGUGACUGAUAAUCCAUUUGUAAUUUCACCAAGAAUUACUUUUGAGGUCAGCGUGCGACUUCUUGGUGGAUUAAUGGCUCUGGGAUACACGAUAGCCACUAUCCUUAAGAGAAACAGCCAUGUCUUUUCUGAUGAUAGGGUUUGUGUGAAACUAGAUUGGCUUGAACAGCUAAAUCGACAUUAUGUUCAGGUGCAAGGAAGAGAUCGCUUAGUUAUACAAUACAUAGGACAACAGCUGGGUCUGGAAGGCUCCUACAUUCCUCGGACCUACAUCGAGCAAAUUCAACUUGAAAAGCUUGUAAACGAAGUUAUGGCCCUACCAGAUGAUUUAAAGACAAAGCUCAGCCUAGAUGAGGAUUUGGUUUCAAGCCCCAAAGAAGCACUUUCUAGAGCCUCUGCAGAUAGGGUUGCAUUGAGAAAUAAAUACAUGAGAAGUGGAAUGUCACAGUCAUAUACAAAUCAAAGGGACAAAAAUUUAGCCAAAGUUACUGGAUAUGCUGCUAAAAACCGAGGUUUUGGUGAAAGAAAUUCCGAUUCUUCAACAACUGCAACUCAGGGAGCCAUCAACCAGCUUUCGAAUCAAAUUUCUGCCCUCAAUGAUAGAAUGGAUGACUUUACAAGUCGUAUUGAAGAGCUGAAUACCAAGUUAACCAUCAAGAAAAGUUCCCCAAGCCAACAAAAUAUGUCGCUUCAGGCUGAGGCCUGCAGUGGUUCUGCUCCCACCUCAUACUUUAUCACUAGUUUGGGAAAUGGUUCCCUAACUGGAUCUAAAUUGACUAAUUCCUCAUCUUCAUCACAAUUAGCUAAAGAUUCUCCUUUACUAGAUGAGAUAUCAGGUAUAGCACGCAGUCAGCGUCAGAUCAUGCACCAAUUGGACAACCUCAAUAAUCUUCUCCGGGGGAGCUUGGGUGAAAAGUCUCAUCAAACAAGAACCAGCAGCAGGAAGAGCAUCGCUGGUGAUUCAGAUUCCACUGGAACUCGUGUUAUGGCUGCAGUGACGGUUGGUUGUUUGGGUAUAUUCUUGAUGAAGGGGUUAUUGACCAGGAAAUGAUUCCACUACAUAUAUACACUAGUCAAAAUUAGUAUUUUUCAUGCAACCCUUCUUAGAAAGGUGUUGAAGCAUUGACAGUUAAAAAUGUCUUAGAUUCUGGUGGCAGCAUUUGAAGGUCAUUUGAAGGUGGGUGAGGGGAUCAUGCCCGCCUGAAAUUUUGUAACAUGGUGGGCUUUACUUUGUUGACACAAUUUCAUUCCACAUUUCAAAAAUUUAAUUUACAAGGAAA